UUUGGGGCAUUGUUGAAGCAAGGGCAAAGCGUGUAGUCAACAGCUUGUACAGAUUUUAAAUAGCGUUUUUUUGGGGGGGGGCUUUAGUAUUGUUUAGGCAUAAAUAACCAGGACAAUUAACACAAGGUUUUUCGAACAACUGCAACGUCUAUAGGGGCCACCUUUAGAUACAGACACACUAGUCUUAUAACAAAGCAUUUGGCCAGACUGCGCGCUAGCAACGCUAACAGUUCCUUCUACUCAAAAAGGACUCACCAACGGUCGAUUUCAAAAAAUAACAUUAACGUUAACUGCAGUUCUGUAUGGUCGAGGGAGAUAACCGUUAUUUAACGUUACCUCCAAACAGUCCGCAACACAGACAGUUGCUCUCAUGCUCCGGCGUAACUUACAGCCAGUGGGAGGAAAACAUUAAACAUUUUAAACAAUUUAACUCGCGAUUCUCAACCUGUCAGCCUAUUCAUACUAUUUUUUAUCAGAUUCCGACAUUGUGGCCGACCGCAGUGCUAACGUAAACCGUUCAGUGCCCACUGGCUUCAUUAAGAGUGUUCUCUUCCUACGUUAAUUUAACGUUAUGUGAAGAAAUGAAGCUGCCAUAAUGGCGACAGUCGUGAAAAGAAAGAUGCACAGAAGAGACUCAUAUCCUGGAAUUAAAAGAAAGGGAGCCAACUAGCAUCAAUACGAGCUUAGCAAAGCUAUCCAGCUAGCAGCAGCCCUGCUAGUGUGUUUGCUGUUGAAGAGGCCAAUUAUCUUUCAGCUUUUUUUUUUUAAUUGAAGUGUCAGUUAAUGGUGCUUGGCGUGAAAGUAGUCGACUGUCUAAGUAACAGUUACGAUAACGUUAAAGGGUUUUUUUUUGUUUUUGUUUUAAGUUAUAGUGUUUAGUUAGCAUCCGGCUGAGCUAACGCUAGAGAGUAGCGACAGCCAGCACUUAUUGCUGCUGAGUUUAAGUGACAGGAUCAGUCUUAUUUCUUUGUUUCUGCGAGACUAACAAUGGCAGCCCCGACUACCGAGGCCGUGUUCUUGAUAAAGGAUGUGAAGCCCGGGUCGAAAAAUCUGAAUAUCGUAUUCAUCGUAUUGGAAAUAGGACGAGUAACCAAAACAAAAGAUGGACACGAGGUUCGCUCCUGCAAGGUGGCAGACAAGAGCGGGAGCAUCGCUAUCUCUGUGUGGGACGAGCUGGGCAGCCUUAUUCAGCCAGGGGACAUCAUCAAGUUGACCCGAGGCUACGCGUCCAUAUGGAAAGGCUGCCUGACUCUGUACACUGGAAGAGGAGGGGAUCUGCAGAAGAUCGGAGAGUUCUGCAUGGUGUAUUCAGAAGUGCCCAACUUCAGUGAACCAAACCCAGAGCUGCUAUCCCAAGGAAACCAGCAGAACAAGUCUGGUAAACCAGACCAGAAUCAGAGGGGAAAUUCUCCGCCCAAUCAGAAUUCAGGUACUCCUGCUCCACCAGGUAAUGGCGCCAUGCCGCCAUUUGCCAACAACAACAACAACAAC